AUGCUUUCCCCCACCCUCUCCAUAGUCCUGCUGGCAGGAUCCGCCCUCGCCUCCCCCCUAUCCCACCAACUUAAACGCCAAACCUGCCCCUCCAUCCACAUCUUCGGCGCCCGCGAGACGACCGCCUCCCCCGGCUACGGAUCCGCCGGCCAACUGGUCGACAAUAUCAUCUCCUCCAACCCGGGCGCUACGUCGGAGGCCAUCGACUACCCGGCGUCGGGGGAUAAUCCGUCGUAUGCUGAGUCCAGGCAGACGGGCGUGAGUGCGGUGAACAGUCAGGUGGCGGCGUUUGCGGAGCAGUGUCCGGAUACUAAGUUGGUGCUUGUUGGGUAUUCGCAGGGUGCUGAGAUCUUUGACCUUGCGCUCUGUGAGGGCACAUCGAUCUCGCAGUAUAACAUUGUCGCUGCCAUCAUGUUCGGCGCUCCCACCUUCAAUGCUGGUGCUUCGUUUGAUGUCGGGACUUGCUCGGCUGGUGGCUUCGAUUCAUCCUUGGCCGGAACGACCUGUGGCUCCUUCGAGAGCUCCAUCCAGUCGUACUGCGACUCCGCCGACCCGUAUUGCUGCACUGGCAGUGACGCCAAUGUGCACAACGGCUACGAGGCUGAGUACGGUGCCGAUGCCUUGUCGUUCGUCAACAGCAAGCUUGCUUCGGCGCCAUCGAUGUGCUGA